CAAGUCGUAACGGUCAAAAAUCGUUUUGUUUCUAUAUCGGCCAUCGUCUUAAGUAAUUCACGUUUUCAAAAUUACAUUUGUAAAAUUAAUAAAACACAGAGAUGCAUAUUGUGGAGAAUGGCUUGUUUCAUAAUGAGAAAGAACGGGCUGCAAAAUAUUUAGAGCGAGCCACAAAGAAAACAGACCCCUUAAAAACGUUGGAAGUUUUACAUAACAAACUUCCAACCAUUCGGUUCUCAAGUGAAAUAACAGACACAUCAAACACAUUAAGCGAAAAGUUGAAGGCAGAGCUCCAAGCCGAGGAAAAGCAAAAAUACGGCGAUGAAUGGGUUGGUAAAAUGAAAACGAUUCGCAUACUCUCAGAAGGUGAGGAUUCAUCGGAUGACGAUAGCAGCAUGAAAGUUCAAUGGCAUACUUCAUACUUCGAAAAUGACGACACCUAUGAUGAUGACUGCGAUAGUAUUGAUGAUGAUGAUGAUGACGAUGAUGAUGAAGAUGAUGUUGAAGAUCCAUGGAACAAAAUCCAAACUAUGAUGAUGGAGAAAGAAAACGUCGCACAAGUUAACCAUGAGAAGGUCAGAGUGCCAACAAUGCAGCUGUAUUAUGAUGGCAUUUGGAAUGAGCCAUUAGUGUGGUUUCAACCACACGCUUCCUCACAAAAAUAACAUCUUUGAUAAAAAAAAGCAACAAUAUAAAUUCACACUAAUUAAACUUCUACAAGCUG